UAAAUAUAGCGCUGCAUAAUUUUAAAUGGCGUAUUUUAACAUACGUUUUCUUCAACGCUACGUUUCUGUGUAAUUUGAAUAUUUUUUUGAAGACAUACAAUAAAGGCGUGGUUGUUGGAAACGGUUUGGUGGAACCUCGUAUUGAUGGAAAGAUUCAACAAUUAGUGUUAUUCUGCGAUGACAUCGUAGGAAUCACGCUUGCGCUUAAUUCACUGCCGAAUCAAUUCGAUGAGACAGGAAAAGUUAUCGUUAUCUGUCAAUCGCCAAUAUCAUGGAAAUGCAGUGCGGAAGAAGCCAUGCGAAGUUUUUGGUCCGUUAAAAUAACCAACGUGGUCUUUUUGAAAAAAGAUGUUUUCGUCAUGGCCUAUACCUAUAUGCCCGUAUAUAAUGAACAAUGUGAAAUAAGUGAUCCCAUACCGCUAUUUGGUCUAAAACCGUGUAUUAUUAAUGCAACAAAAUGUGGCGUAUUUGACAAGAAAUUGGACAACUUGAAUAAAUGUAAAAUUGUAGUAUCGACCUUAAUACGAAGACCCUUCAUGAUCAUUAACAAUGGAAUACCCGAAGGAGCUGACGGUGACUUAUUACUCUUGAUUAUGGAAAGACUAAACGCUACACUUGAAGUAAUCAUUCCUGGUGAUCACAAUUAUUGGGGCAAGCUAGAUUCAAAUGGAACAUGGUCGGGUUCUCUCGGAGAUGUUUACUAUGGUGCAGCUGAUAUUUCUAUGACUUCUGCUGCCUUAACAGCAUCUAUAAUUUCCUAUUUUAAAAUUUCAAUACCUUACCGUUCAACAAAUGUUGUCUGGAUUUCACAUCCACCGAAAGCAUUAUCGCCUGCGUUGAAAUUACUGCACCCAUUUAAACCAUCAACACAAAUAGCACUUGGUAUUAUCUUUUUUAUUGUAAUCGCAUGCGUUUUGUUUGUAAGUAGCAAAAAGAUGUGGUUGCUGUGUUGCCGCAGAGUAAGAACAACAAAAAAGAAAACGUCUCUCCUUUUUAAUACUUGGAUGAUAUGUAUAGGCGUACCAAUCGCCCAUCUACCUUCAACGUCUACUUUUCUUUCCUUAAUUGUUCUCUGGAUCUGGUAUUGUUUUCUGAUUAGAACAUUUUAUCAAGUGUGGCUUAUAAACUCACUACAAGGGAAGUUUUAUCUUGAUGGUUUUGAAAAGAUAGAUGAGGCUAUCGAAGCUGGAUAUGAUAUUGGAGGAGGAAUUUUUUUAAAAGAAUAUUUCGUUGACUAUCCUUAUAUUUACAAUAAUUGGAAAGAAACUGUCUCACUUAAUGUAACUCUUCAUGAAAUAUCAGAAGGCUCGAACUUUAUUGCAGCCACGAUAUACGACUUAGCUAAAUCCUUAACGAAUUUUGAAAAGAUAAACGUUCAUUUUUUAGCGGAGAAAGUUGUUGUCAGUCCCUCUGUAUUAUUUUUCAACAAAAAUUCCCCUCUAGUGGCGCCGAUCAAUGAGCUAUUGCAACAACUAACCGAAUCUGGAUUUGUAGAAAAGAUUUCUAGAAAUUACUUUACUCAUAAUGUGGUGAAAAAUCCCACACAGAUAAGGGAACCGAUCGAUAUAGAGAAUUAUACGGGGUGUUAUAUGGUAUUGCUGGGCGGCUGGAUUAUAUCGAUUCUUUGUUGUAUGGCUGAAAUUUGUUUUAGAAAAAUUUUCAAUAAAUUCUGAUAUACGUGU